UGUUUUACACUCUCCAUGAUUCAGUCGGGAGGAGAUGAGCGCUGCUGCUUGUACAGAGAGCAUGAAGGGUCACACAGACUGAAACACCAGGACGGGGAUCAGAUGGCUCAGAGGAUGAGUCCAGAACAGCCCACCACAGCCAGGGAGGGGAUGGUAAAGUCCGCCUCCGCAUAUGCAGACCUGCAGCAGCACCGGUCUGAGGGCAUCCACAGGAAACCGUCCCCCGUGUCCAGCUACGUCCCCCAGCCGGACUACCAUGAGGGAAACGAGGAUGAAGAUCUCAUAAAACCCAAGAAGCUGGUGAAUCCUGUCAAAGCUUCAAAAAGUCACCAGGAGCUUCACCGCGAGCUGAUGAGCAGCUGCAAACGAGGGGGAGGCAGCGUGGAGAGGAAGCCGGAGCUGCAGAGGGUUCUGGAGUCCAGGAAGAGGGACCAGCUGAUCCGGCAGAGGAAACAGGAGGACGAAGCUCGCAGGAAGAUUUCUCCUCUGGAGGCCGAGCUGCAGCGCAGACACAGGAAGCUGGAGGAGCUGGAGAAGGAGCUGGAGAAGGAGCAGGAGGAGAACCUGAAAGCUCCGGAGUUCGUCAAAGUGAAGGAGAAGCUGAGACGGACGUCGUUACACAGUAAAGAGGAGAAGGAGGUGUAGAGACAGAGUCCUGCCCGGGACAGAGAGAGAACCAGACUGUCCACAUUUAGAGGACACGCUGAGGACACGAACAUGACCCCCUGAUGUCCUCCUGUGUCUCAGAUGAAGGAAACUUGUGCCUAAACUUCAUGAAGACAUAAAACUGAGCUGCACUUUAACGAGACGAAGGAACGUCUGUUUGGUGCCGUGUUACCGUGGUACCACGUUUAUAAUUAUGAACUUUAUCAUUUAUAUCUUCUUAAUAACGAAGUCAUAAUUAUGUGAAAACACGAGAUUCAUAUCUUGUUAUUACAGGAAAACUUUAGAACUACAGAACCCAAGAUUUUAUUCACGAUUAAUAAUAACUAAUAACAAGAACACGUCUUAUAAUUAGAUGUUUAUUUACAGACGGCGUCUGUUGUUACUCGUUAACGGUUUCUAACUUCCUCUCACAGGUCACAUUAAAAAUGAGGCCUUAUUGUUCAGAUUUAUGUCCGUAGUGAAACAGUCGGUCCCUCCAGGACCUCGAGGGCCUUUUUGUGAUUUGCAGCAGCUUUUCUAAAUGUGAUGAAAGUUGGGAUGUUGUUUUUCAGCGCUUUCUUGCAAUGAAAUUGUGGAAAUAAAACAUAAGUGAGCACGCCCCUCA